GUUGUAUCAUCACUGCCUGACGACAUCCGACCCGGGCCGGACCUGUACGGGGUGCCAUGGGAACCAGUCCUCUUCUCCAGUCUGGUGGGGCUGGUCACAGUGCUUUUGUUCACUUGUAGAUGUUACAGCUCUGUCAAAAGCAGAAUGUAUCGAAGUAGAGAGCAGUGGAUGGCAGAGCAGGUUGCACAGCUGCUGGAUGAAAAGUGUAAAGUCCUUGAGACUCUCAGCAAAUGUCAACAAGAGCAUGAUGACCUAGAGAGUUCACUGAGGGACAGUGGCGUCUUGGCCCAAACCCAAAAGACAGAACAUCUGGAGAGCAAAGCCAGACAGCUGGGACAAGCUAAAAGGGAGCUGGAGAGGGAUCUUGAACAACUGAAAGAUCAACUGGAACAGCAGAGAGAACAUAGGAUAGAGCAAGAAAGAAGGAUAACAGUGCUUGAAGAGGGCAUGAAAACUUUUGAAGAAGAAUCCAAAGACCUCCAGUCACAGGACGAGCAGGCACAAACCACUCUGAAAGUGUACAGCAUGAACAGUGACAGACUACAGAGGAAUCUGGAAACGGCUGGAGAGGAGAACACUCUGCUAAAAGAGAGCAAUGCUCAGUUGAGGCAGCAGGUGGAGGGAUGGGCGGAAAGAGUUAGUGAACUGGAGGCAGAGAUCAGCAGGUGUGAGGUCGCCCACAGCGAGAUGCUGCAGGAUGUGGCCAACAAGGAUGAGCGUAUAAUGUCCUUGACAGAUCGGCUGCUAAGGAUGAAAGCUUGGGAUUCAGACCUGGAGGAAGAGGAAGGUGAGGGAGGAGAGAAGGAGUCGUCCAAUGGGACAGCUGGGAGAGGAGAGAAUGGAAGAGGAGAUGGCGUGCAAACGCAACACCAUCUCCAGAAAGUCCAGAAACUUAUCUAUGCUGCUAAGCUGAAUGCAGACCUCAAAUCAGUCGAUGAAGACAAGGACAGAGCAUUUGCCAAACUGAAUGAUGAAGUCAAAGCUAAAGAAGACUUGCAUUUGAGCAUUAAGGAGCUGGAGAAGGAGAAAUUAUCUCUGCAGUCAGACUCUGAGCACUACUCAGAUCAGGUCCAAAGACUACAACAGAAACUCCACAUUAUGACAGAAAUGUACCAGGAGAACGAGCUCAAGCUGCACAGGCUGCUCACAGUGGAGGAGAAGGAGCGCCUGCAGAAAGAAGAGAAGUUAAAUAAAGCGGACAAAAACAUUGCGUUGGCCAUGGAAGAACUCAACAACUAUAGACAACGAGCAGGGGAGAUGGAGGAAGAGCUGGACAAGACCAAACAGUCUUACCAGACUCAAAUAUCAGCACACGAGAAGAAGGCUCACAAUAACUGGCUGGCAGCCCGAGCAGCAGAGAGAGAGCUAGCAGACAUCAGGAGAGAGAACGCCCUCUUCAGACAGAAGCUGACAGACACACAGUUUAAACUAGACGCCCUCGACAAAGAUCCCUACGCCUUGGACAGCCUGGCUAGACCACUGCCUUUCAGAGCUGAAAGGUCACCAUACGGCCCGUCUCCUCUGGGUCGACCUGCAUCUGAAACCAGAGCUUUUCUGUCUCCUCCCACACUAAUGGAUGGACCGCCUGCUAGACUGUCUCCUCGAGUGCCUCGUGGUCCAAUGGAGCACCCAGGUGGUCAAGGGGAGAUGGAGCGGAGCGGAGGUCCUCAUUCAGACAGUGGUUCAAUCUCUCCUACAUGGGAGAGAGAUCGCAGGGGACCCCCACCAGGACCCCCCGGGCCCUUAGGACCUCCAGGAUAUAUGUUUCCAGAACCAGGAGGUCCAAUGUACAGGAGACCUCCACCAGGUCCUCCUGGACCUCUGGGCCUUUUGCCUCCACCUGGCUCCAUCCCACCGGGCCCUCUCCAUCCCAGAGGUCUCCCCCCUGGGCCCCCUCACCCUUUAGACAUGGCAGAUGGCACAUACAGAGAAAACAGCCUUGGGCCUGGUGAACAGGAACACAGAGAGUCUGGUCCUGGUGAUAGAAGGACUCCCCCUGAAGGUGAUCUAAGGAUGGUGGGUGGACCCCCGAUGGGCCCCAUGGACGGCCCCUUUCCUCGUAGAGCCCCUUAUGGACCACCACCUCCUGAUUUCUACCCUCCCCGGGGACCUGGGGGCCCUCCCAUGAUGCCUAUGUGGGCCCCUCCACCCCCAGGGAUGAUGUUCCCUCCUCGUUUCCCUCCCGGCGGACCUCCUCAUCCUCACCACGCUCCUCCCAUGCGGCCCCCUCUGCCCGACGGCCUCCCACAUCGUUCUAUGGGUCCUCUCCCUCCUCAGCAGUCCCUCCCCUCCCCACCACACAGCCAGUCGCCAGAGGAGCACACACCCUCUCCCGAAGACGUAAUUUGAGCCCGGCCAGGUUUUUCUUUGAGCCCUGAGAUGUUUCUGGUUCAAGUUUAACGCGGUGGUAGAUGGAUGGUUGGGCAGGCUGCUGUUUUGCAUCCUUAUAUUUUCUUUUACAUCUACUUAUUAGCCAGGAGGAUGUAUUUAGUGGAGAGUGGGGAAACCAUCUGCCUUCAUUAGCCCACUUUGUUGCUAACCGUCUGCCUCUGCUUGGUCUUUCUUCUCUAUUCACAUCCUCUCUUCUCUCUCUGUCACCUGCCCAUCGUCAUCCAGCUACAUUCCCUGUGAAAGUAGGCCCUGUUGUUGUGGAGUCCCAGUGACAGCGGUUAGGCUCUGUUGUGUAAUUUUACAGGAACACAGCAGCUUAAUCUGCACGUCUGUGCGUGGGAAGGUUGCUACAUGAACCAGAAAUAAUAGCUUGUUUGCUUGGUAAUGCCAGAAAGGUUUUUAAUGGCACUUAUGAAAUGUGUGCAUGUAGAAAUGCUGUGUGUGGUAUGUGGCAGAGAAUGAGAGUGUUUUACGUAAGUUAUCAGUCAACAUUUCGUCCCAAUGGCACAGAAAGAGAAAUUGAAAUGAUCACAGGCUAUCAGGGAAGAAAUGCAUCUUUUUAGGACUAAUACAAUAUAUUUUGUUAUACCAACACUUUUGGCAUUGUCACCAUCAUUUUAAAAAAUUUGCCAUUUAGCAUCUCUGUUGUUGUUGACCUGAUUACACUUAAAUCAGAUCACAUCAGGUCUUGUUUUGUCUGUGAGUGAACAGAGUUGAUCUUAAAUAUUCAUCAGAGGUCAAAUGACAGUUUCUUAAAAUAUAAUAAAAGUGUAUAACUUUAUUUCACUGGCAUCCCUGUGGGAUUUGUAGGACUUUGCCUUGAUCAACAACGCUAUUACUUCACAGAGCAACGCUUUUGAUCGUGUUACAAUGCAUAUGGCCUAGACUUGAAAAAAGUGGCUUAUAUUAGCCGCUUGUGUUAUGCCGAGGUGAGCUGUGACUCAUCAGCCACAGAGCGGUGAAUUAAAGUGGACUGACUGGAAGAGAGGCUGCAUUCAAAGCCGUAAAGCUGACACCCAUGUGAAUUAUGUAAAAAGUGAUUAUUAAUAGAUAAAUAAAGACUGUCAAAUUGU